ACAAAGGCGGAUAUGAUGUGCCGGCCAUGGAGCAGAAAGAGUCCACCGAGGAGGCCUUGCUGGACGCUUACGUGCUUCGUUACGCAGACCAGUUGCCGCCGGGCACUCUCACGGAGUGGGUCUUGCGGUGCCCCGACGGCUCCUUGGGCCAGGGGCCCUUGCAGCUUCAUCCUGCCUGCGAGGUGUCUCCAGUCUUGGCUGAGCGGAUCGAGACGCGCCUGAGGCAGCAGACAUCCGUGGCACCAGCGCCGUGCCUCAGCAAAGGCCCUCGAAAGCUUCCAACCCGAGUACGGUGGAAAGAGCCCCUGGAGAUCGUGGAUACCGGAGCCGAACCUCCUGCCCAGGAGCGAGGUUCAGCGGCUCGGGCUGCCUCACCGCAUCCGCGAAGAGAGGACCGCACCUCGGAAGAUUGGAGAGGAUCCAGUUGGAGACCGUGGGACUCCGGCUGGAGUUCGGGCUGGUGGAGCAGCGCAAAGG